UUUGGUUACAAUGUUGUCAAGGAAGUUACUUAGUAGCUAUCUACAGCCACAACACUAGUGAAGCAAUAAACUAACGCAAUCAUCUAGCAUGAGAGACCAUGGUUGAGAAAGAGAGAGGAGACAAGUCACAGAAACUUGAUUGUGAAUCAGAGGACCGUCAGUAGGUGGAGACACUGUUCCCUCCUCACUUCUCCCUGUUGACUGGUGGUGGAGAACAAUAUCUGUGGGUCCAGGAAGGCUGGAGCCAUUAAGGUAACAGAGCCAUCAUCAUUACCCUCUUAAGAGGAGACUCUGUAGGCAGGACUUCUACAUGACUAUUCUACAGAUGGUACAACACAAAGAGGUGCAGCGAAGAAACGAGACACCAUUCCAGAAGAUCAUCAAGGAGGACUUGCAGAAGAAGGGAGGGGAGUUGAGCUCUGAUUAUGAGGGCCACAAUAAUUUUUAUUUUUUAUUUAACCAGGUAGGCUAGUUGAGAACAAGUUCUCAUUUCCAACUGCGACCUGUCCAAGAUAAAGCAAAGCAGUUCGACACAUACAACAGAGUUACACAUGGAAUAAACAAACAUACAAUCAAUAAUACAGUAGAAAAAUAUAUAUACAGCAUGUGCAAAUGAGGUAGGAUAAGAGAGGUAAGGCAAUAAAUAGGCCAUGGUGGCAAAGUAAUUACAAUAUAGCAAUUAAACACUGGAAUGGUAGAAUGUGCAGAAGAUGAAUGUGCAAGUAGAGAUACCGGGGUGCAAAGGAGCAAGAUAAAUAAAUAAAUACAGUAUGGGGAUGAGGUAGAUUGGAUGGGCUAUUUACAGAUAAGCUAUGUACAGGUGCAGUGAUCUGUGAGCUGCUCUGACAGCUGGUGCUUAAAGCUAGUGAGGGAGGUAAGAGUCUCCAGCUUGUGAUUUUUGCAGUUCGUUCUAGUCAUUGGCAGCAGAGAACUGAAAGGAGAGGCGGCCAAAGGAUCCAGGGGAGGACCGAGGCUGGGAAGGAGAGGUGGAGAGGAGUAGGUGUAUCUGGAACAUCCAGGACAUUGGGGUCCUGCGGAGGGCUAUCCGUGAGGUUGAGGAGGACAGAUGCAGGCUGAGGGCUAAGCUGAGUGAAGCAGUGGCAGAGGCCCAGAGGCAGGGGAAGAGAGGAAGUGUCUGCAGGGCCUGCUGGAGGAGCAGCUGACCUGGCCAGGCAGGAGGCUGCAUGGCCUGCCUCUCGGUUGGCACAUAAGCUAGCUCUACAGAGGAGACCAAGACUCAGCUGAAGGAGAGCCAUACACGUAAUUAUGCUGCCUUGGGAUUCCUGCGCAGGCACUUCAAUAACCCAUCAGAGGACACCAAGACUCAGCUGAAGGAGAGCCAUACACGUAGCUAUGCUGCCUUGGGAUUCCUGCGCAGGCACUUCAAUAACCCAUCAAGAGGACACCAAGACUCAGCUGAAGGAGAGCCAUACACGUAGCUAUUCUGCCUUGGGAUUCCUGCGCAGGCACUUCAAUAACCCAUCAGAGGACACCAAGACUCAGCUGAAGGAGAGCCAUACACGUAGCUAUGCUGCCUUGGGAUUCCUGCGCAGGCACUUCAAUAACCCAUCAGAGGACACCAAGACUCAGCUGAAGGAGAGCCAUACACGUAGCUAUGCUGCCUUGGGAUUCCUGCGCAGGCACUUCAAUAGCCCAUCAGAGGACACCAAGACUCAGCUGAAGGAGAGCCAUACACGUAGCUAUGCUACCUUGGGAUUCCUGCGCAGGCACUUCAAUAACCCAUCAGAGGACACCAAGACUCAGCUGAAGGAGAGCCAUACACGUAGCUAUGCUGCCUUGGGAUUCCUGCGCAGGCACUUCAAUAACCCAUCAGAGGACACCAAGACUCAGCUGAAGGAGAGCCAUACACGUAGCUAUGCUGCCUUGGGAUUCCUGCGCAGGCACUUCAAUAACCCAUCAGAGGACACCAAGACUCAGCUGAAGGAGAGCCAUACAUGUAGCUAUGCUGGCUUGGGAUUCCUGCGCAGGCACUUCAAUAACCCAUCAGAGGACACCAAGACUCAGCUGAAGGAGAGCCAUACAUGUAGCUAUGCUGCCUUGGGAUUCCUGCGCUGGCACUUCAAUAACCCAUCAGAGGGCACAACACAUACACUGACAGACAAGAAUGCACACUUUUUUUGUCCCAUUUUUAACAAACUCACAAAAACAUACUGCACAAAUGCUGUUUGUAAGGCAGGCCUUCAGUCCAACUAGCCUCUCAAUUACAUAUUGGUGGAAAUACUUUAUGCUGGAUUUCCUUACUGUAAUAAAAACACAAACAAAGAUGUCUUAAUUUUAUUUUUAUAUAUGCUUCCACACGUUCACCUUUUAAAAUAAAGCUAUGUACACAUUGUACACAUCUCCCACAGUAAAUAAAGAAAAUAAUAAAAAAAUUGGGGAAAAAGGAAGGCAACAGUGAAAAAGGUAAAGCACAACAUACAUUUUACAGUUCAAAUUCUGAAUCACCCAAAAAUAAUUUAGCCUUGACAAAUCUUGAUCAUUUUUGUAUGUUGUCAUUGAGUUAUUAUACUAGCCAAAUAACCACAAGUCUGAAAAUUAUCAGAAAUGUUUUGCUUUAUAUUUGAUUUCCUCCAAUAAAUUAUUCAGUUUAAAGUUUUGAUCAAACAUUAAUGCUUGGUCUACCACAAAACAGGUGCUCUGGAAUUCCUAUAAAUAACAGACUGUGGGCUGAUUACAGUGAACGGGAUUAAGCCUACAAUACUACUGGACUGAAUUGCACUUUUGGUAAAAAGUCCUGGAAUAGUUCAUAUGUAUUCCAUUCAAGGUUUAUCUAUAUUCAAUAAAUCACAUUUGCAGUUAAUAAUUUAAUCUGGGCCUGUGAAGUUGGCGUUUUUUGGGACUUGAAAUACAUUAUUCCCCCCCCCCUCAUCAGUGCUCGACGUGGGCAGGAGCUAACCGGAGUAUAGUGCCAGCACCUCAAGUUUUCUACUGCUUGAGCUCCUAUACCUCCACAUACAUGGACUUCCCAAUCAAAUUGCAAUUCUGAAAGUAAGGCAACAUUCAUACUUGUGUGUCCUCUUAUUCAAUAUGAAUUGAAAUUUGAGGCACCCAACUAAUACAUUUCGCUGGAAGAUUCUGUUUUUCCCCUUAAAGAAAACCAGGUCCCACUCCCUGUUGAAGUUAAAACAAAACCAUUGACAUAUUUAGCAUGUAUAAUACAAACCACUGCUCUUUGUCCAAAAUAUAUUGUCAAGGA